AGAGAUAAACCUCAGUUAUUAAAAAGAUAUUUUUGCUUAAAUUUCUUAAAACUUUUUAUAUUAGAAAAGUUAAUAUCUUUUUAAUUAUAAAAGACAUAAAGUCUAAUAAAAAAUAUCAUCUUUUUAUUAUAUGUGGAAUCCUCCAAGGUCACCAAUAGCAAUUCUUCUUUAUAAAGCUGUCCUUAUUUUCCUUCAAACAACGUUUGCUAUAUGGUUUCGUUUAUAUAGAGUGUGUUCUACAGUGAGUGAAUAUAUAUCAGCAAUUACAAAACAUCAUCAUCGUACACCACAAAUCAUUAAGAGAGAUGUUGGAAGAUUAAAGAAGAUUCCUCAUCAUCUAGCAAUUAUUUUAGAAUAUAAAAAAGAUGGCGGACUGGAGCUGCUUAUUCAUCAAAUUGCAGAAUUAUCAUGUUGGUGUUUAUCUUCUGGGAUUAGGAUUUUGACCAUAUAUGAAAAAGAGGGUAAAUUUUAUUUGAAAGAGGGAGAUUUAAAUUUAUUUUUAGGACGUAUAAAAGAAUAUCAAUCAACUACAUAUCGUAUAAUAUCUCAAAAAAUGCAAAGUUAUUUUGGAAGAUCAAUGCAUAAUAUAAAAAUUCGUUCACCUUAUAUUUCUUUUUUUUCUAAUGAUAAUUUUAAUGAUAAUGAAACAAAUUAUCUUGUAGAUCUUGAAAUAAAUUUUAUUUCUCAAGAGGAUGGGAGAGAAUCUUUGGUUGAUUUAACAAAAACAUUAUGUGAACUUUCUCAAUCCGAUAAAUUUUCGAUAAAAGAUAUUAGUGUUGAAUUAGUAGAUUCUGGAAUGAAUGCUUUCCUUUUAACAGAACCACAGUUAUUAAUGGCAUUUACAUCAACAUGUACGCUUCAAGGAUUUCCACCAUGGCAAAUUAGAUUUACCGAAAUUUUUUUCGUUCAGAGCGAAGAUUCUGUAGACUAUCAUGUAUUUAUAAAAGGAUUACAACUUUAUGCAAAUGCUGAAAUGCGAUGGGGAAAAUGAUAUUUUGUUUCUUAAUCUAAAAGAAAAAAAGCAUGUAUAUUUAUUUAAUAACAAUCAUAAAAC